AUGCGCUCCCUCAUCCGACCAGCCUCAGCGCUGCUGCUGGCCGCCGCGGGCCUCGUCGCCGCCAGCCCACUGCCCACGGCCACCGGCGACAGCACCGCCUACGCAACUGGCUUUCUGCUGCCUCGCGACACGUGCGAUGGCACGCCCUGCGGCGCCGAGGGCCAGUACUGCUGCGGCAGCUCGGAGCUGUGCACGACGCUGAGCGGCGACGUGGCGACGUGCGUGGGCGGCUUCGGCGGCGCGGCCUACACGAGCACCUGGACCGAGACGCGCACCUUCACCACCACCUUCUUCACCAACUGGGCGCCCGUGCCGUCGCCCAGCCCCGGCGUCGACUGCGUGCCGCAGGACGACGCCCAGGAGGCCUGCGGCUCCAUCUGCUGCGCCGGGUGGCAGACGUGCGCCUUCAAGGGCCAGUGCUCCGUCAAGCCGGGCUACGCAGAGCCCACGCCCGUCGUCAUCACCAGCGCCGGCGAGGUCGAGACGCAGUACUCGGCCCCGUACCGCGUCACGGGCACCACGACCAUCACCACCCACAUCGUCCAGACGGGCACCGGCACCGAGGGCAUCUGGACGGGCACCUACACCGUCACCGAGACGGGCGCCCGCUCCUCGUCCACCAGCGACUCCGACGCCAUCGGGGCCGGCGGCAGCGAGAGCGACAGCGACAGCGGCGGCCUGAGCGGCGGCGCCAUUGCCGGCAUCGUCAUCGGCACCCUCGCCGGCGUGGCCCUGCUGCUGCUGCUGUGCUUCUGCUGCAUCGCCCGCGGGCUCUGGGCCGCCAUCUGCGGCGGCCGCCGGCGCGGCAGCGAGAGCAGCGUGCGCGAGGAGGAGAUCAUCGAGGAGCGCUACUCCAAGAGCGGCAGCCGCGGCGCCUCGGCCUCGGCGCACUCUCGUCGCGAUCGCCACGGCGGCUGGUUCGGCGGCGGCAGCACCAGGGCCGGAGCGUCGACGGUCGUGGCCGAUCGCGAGCGUCGCCGCCAGAGGGAGAAGCGCAAGAGCAGCGGCGGCUUCUGCACGUGGCUCGGCAUCGGAGCCGUCGCCGCCACCCUCUUCACCCUGCUUAACCUCAAGAAGGACAAGCGGCCCAACUCCCGCAAGACGCCCUCGCGGUACAGCGAGUCUUACUACAGCUACUCUGACUACACCAGCAACACCGCCAGCUCUAGCUCUGGACAGAGAUCCCGCAGCGAGCGCCGCAGCGACCGUCGCAGCAGAUCCAGCCGUGGUGGCCGAUCACCGCACUACGGCCGGGCUCCCAAGAGGCCGUAG